AUGAUGUUGAGGAAUAAACGUAUGGGAUUAGAAUAUAAUGUGAAUUUAUUAAUACCAAAUCCUGUGGCACCAAAACCAUCAUCACAAACACCAACAACAAUCAAAUGUAAAUGGUUAAAUUGUGGAAAAUUAUUUUCUUAUCUUGAUGAUUUAGCAUCUCACGUUUCAACAUUUCAUUCAAGUUCUGGACCAGGAGGUUUAUUUUACUGUCGUUGGGAUGGAUGUACCAGAGGAGAUAAAGGAUUUAAUGCCAGGUACAAAAUGUUGGUACACGUAAGAACGCAUACAAAUGAAAAACCGCAUAAAUGUCCAAAAUGUAAUAAAAGUUUUAGCAGAGCGGAAAAUUUAAAAAUCCAUGCGAGAUCUCACACAGGUGAAAGACCCUACGUUUGUUCGGUGCCAGGCUGUGGAAAAGCAUAUUCGAAUUCGAGCGAUAGAUUUAAACAUACCAGAACUCAUUCGGUGCAUAAACCUUACGUUUGUAAAAUACCUAAUUGUGGUAAAAGGUACACGGAUCCAAGUUCAUUGAGAAAACACGUUAAAACCUACAGGCAUUUUCCGACGAAUUUCAUACAACAAAUCGAUGAAAAUUCAUCGAGAAGAAAUAUAGAAGAUUUAAAAUUAGAUGUCGAAAAUGAAUUGAGAUCGUCAAUUAAUAACAACAACAACAACAACGAAGACGCCAUUAUUAAUAAUUCAUUUGAUUCUUUAACUCCUUUAAAAAGUACUUAUCAUUUUGAUAACAAUACAAAUAGUUUUACGUUUAACGUAUUAAAAAAAUGGUUGAAAUCCGAAAGCGUUUUUAAAACAUUUGCAAAUUCAAAUGAAUUAACAAUAAAAGAUAAUAAUAAUCAUUUUUUUUAUUUACAAGAACAAGAUUUCCCAUUGGAUUUAACCGUUAGAAAAUAA